GGCAUGAAGCCAGCAGUGAGGACAGGGGAAAAGUUGUGAGAUAGCCGGACGACGAGCAGGGAGACGAUUCAGCUUCACUGGGGCUCUGCUGAGGAGGAAGGAGAGCUUCCUCCUGUCUCUCUGUCUCCGUCUUUCUCCUUAUCUCCUUCCUCUCUCCUCUCUAAUUGUCUCUCAUCCUGCCUGGCACUGCAAUGUGGCUGUCUCUGCAGUGAAAGUGCUGGCUGGCAGAGUCUCCUUGAGUGAACCCUGACUGUGCGCAGUGAGCGUUUGCCGCUCUGCCUCCGUCCUGUCCACACUGACUCAGCUGAGCAGGCAGCCGACAGGCCCCUGACUGAGCACCGGCUGCAGGAGAAGGAGUGUUGUUGGGGCUCUGAGGCAGGCUGUAGCUGCAACACUGGGACGUGCCUUGUUUGGGGUCCAUUCACUCAGAAAGCAGCUUCCAGGUUCAAUCCAGUUGUAGUAAAGGAUAUCCUACUAGCUACCAGAGCCAGGCCUGGAUCCUGCAGCACCGUUUGUUCUGGAGCAGAUCUGGCUUCCAUGGAGGUCCGGUGGAUUGGGGUUGAACCCCCGAGGCUGGGCCCUCCAUACACAACCACUGGCCUGAUCUUCUCUCUGCUGUUUGGCCUGUGGUCUGCUCAGGCCCUUGAGAUGUCUGUGGGGAAGAUUCCCACCCUUGAGGCAGUGAACGGCAGCACAGUCAUCCUGCCUUGCACAUACUCCAGCUGUAUUGGCAUCGAAAACCUCUACUUUAACUGGCAGUUCAACGACAAUGGCACCAUGCAAAAGGUGUGUGAGUCGACGAUACGGGCAGAGGGCGUGGAGCCUGAUGUGAAAAUAUAUCGAGAGCGGGUGGACUUUGUGGGGAUGAACCAUCAAAACAACCUCUCCAUCUUGCUGCGGAACAUCACCUUCGAGGACGGAGGCCACUACACUUGUUUUGGACGCAAUCCCAAAGAGAAGUUCAAGAACCACAGCGCCGUUUUCCAUCUCAUUGUGGUGGAUGAGUUGAGGGUGGUGGACAACACGCUGACCAUCAUGAUCGCCUCAGCUGUGGGUGGAGCCAUCGCUCUGCUCAUGGGCUUCAUGUUGCUCAAGAACUUCACUCUCUUUGUACUCGCCAAGCUUGAGGAGAAAAAUAAGGAGUGCCUUGUUACUUCGUCAGGGAUCGACAACACAGAAAAUGGCCUCUCAGGAACCAAAGCUGAUUCAAAGCCGACACCAAAAAAGAAAUGAGACGAUGCAUGUAGAACGACAUGAGUACUCAUAUUUAUAUACAUUCUUUGCAUAUAUUUGUAUAUGCACAUGUGUUUGCACAUAUUCAGAUUCAUUACUUUCAAGCUGAGAUCUUAAUAACUCUGGCUGUGGCCUUGAAAGGGGGUUAUAACCAUGUGCAUACAGUUACAUAGAAUAUGCACUAUGUAGUAAUUGUGCAGAUGAUAUACAGCUUCAGACAGUGAAAAUCACAAGUGCAUACAUAAUUAUUUGAUUCAUUAUUUUUACAUAGCUACAUAAUUUAUAGGAUGGGAUUAUUGCAUCUACCAGAGAUGUUUCAGCUUGAUUUAUUUAAGACGUCCUAACAAAAAUGGAGCCUGAUAACAGUUAAACAUUUAGACAUGUAAUGUUAGCAUACGUCCGUACUUAAUGACUUGUGACAGGUUGGUACACAGAGCAGACACAUUAAAUUAUUAUUAUUAUUAUUCCCAAGUUGUCUCUGUGGGACUUGCAAUUCAUUAUAUAUACAAACUGCUUCUGGAACAGUGGUAAGGAAGUACAACGACUGUAGUAACACAACAGGAGGAGAAAAGACAUGUAUUCACUGUUUCCACGAGUUCUGUCAGUAGUGUAGAUGUCAUUUAAUCUACUGGUGAAUAUUUGGUCAUUCUAAUCAUUACCUGUAUCAAAAUCAUGAUCUGAUGUCAGAUGUGGAGGAAGAAUUCAGAUCUCAAGUGAAAGUACUACUGGUGCAAUGUAAAUGCUGUUACAAGUAAGUGCUGCAAAUUUAUAUUUAAGUGAAAUGACACAAGAAUGAGCUUCAAAAUACAAUUUAAGCACCAGAAGUACUCAGCAUGCAGAAUGGCAUAUUUUUAGUUUAGAAUUAUUGGUGCAAUAAUGUGGUCAUGAUGUCGAGCUUCACAGCUAGAAGGUUCAAAUCUGAUUGUCGCUUUAGUCGUUUCUGUGUGACUUUGCAGUUUCUUCCUGUGACUGUGUCCCACAGUAUAAGGACAUUUUUUUAAUUUAUUUUUUUAAAUUUAACCUUUGUUUAACCAGGAAAGAUCCCGUUGAGAUUAAGAACCUCUUUUUCAAAGGAGUCCUGGCCAAGAUAGGCAGCAGCAAGUACAAAACACAGUUAUAAAAUUACACAGACAUGCAUGGCAGGUUGUUAUGUUCUACAGAAUCAGCUGGCAAAUUGAAUUGCUCUGAUAUGAACUGGCAACCUGUCCAGGAUGUAUUUCACCUCUUGCCACAGCUGACAUAGGCUCCAGCCCCCAUGAUGCUCCACUGCAUAGAAGAGAUAUAGUUGAUGGAUGGAUGGAUUAAAUAUUUCUAACCUAAAUCUGCAAAAAUACUUGUAUCUAAAAUGAUCAAAUAAUGAAGCAAAGCAUACACUGUUUGACUCUAGUAGAGGUAAAAUGCAGCAGAUGAUGUAAAUAUUAAAGUAAAGUCCAAGCAACUUAAAAUUGGCCUUUAGUGUAGUCCUUGAAUCAAUGUACUUAGUAACUCAAGUAGUUAAAAAAAUUAUUUGUAAAUUGUUCACCUGUUCAUCAACACAUUUCUCUCUAUUUUUUUGUGUUUGUACUUUGACCAUGAGAUUUUACUUUAAAUACACAAUGGAGACUGAAUUAAAAACAAUACUGUGUAGUGCAAGUCGUAAUUUAUCAUGUUAGCCGUGAUUACUAAUGCAAGUGUAAGCCAAGUGAAUACAGGCUUCUUUAUCAUCGCUAAACAAGCUGAACAACUCUGGUAGAUGUUUUUUUCUCAUUAAAUGAAAAACAAGUGAUGCACACACUUUAUUACAGUAUGGGGAUGUCUUAAUUUGUAUAUCCAUGUAAUUGCACAGUGCUGCAAAGUGGCUUGGUGGUUAGCACUUUUGCCUUGUAGCUAGAGGACCCCCAGUUAGCGUCCCCAAUUUCCCGCCUUCCCAGGAUCUUUCUGCAUGAAGUUUGCAUGUUCUCCCUGUGCAUGUGUGGGUUUUUUUCCAGGUAGUCCGGCUAAAUCCCAGUCCAAAAACAUGCUAAAGUUAAUUGAUGAUUCUAAAUUGUCCGUAGGUGUGAAUGUGAGAGUGAUUGUUUGUCUGUAUAUAGCCUCAUGAUAGAAUGGUGACCUGUCCAGGGUGUCCCCUCCCACCACCCUAAGUCAGCUGGGAUAGGCUCCAGCUCCCCCCGCGACCCUAAUGAGGAUUAAACGGUGUAUAGAUAAUGGAUGGAUGGUAUUAUACAUGUAUAUAUGGGCUGAUCUCUAAAAUGACUCUCUAAAGUUGUAUAUCAUUUAGUACAGUUGUGCACUGUUUGUAACUGAUAUGUUGAUAUGUUAAUGUCUGUUGCCAUAGCCAGAGUACAAAAAAAAAAUCUUUGACUGUUUUCCAUCUGAAGUCAAAACUAAAAUACUUCUUUGUUUAAGUGCUUGAAACAGGUAAAAAUACAAUGCUAGCUGGGCUGAAUCCUCCUGUAACUAACACCAAAUUCACAAUAAGUAGUUCUGUGACAACACUAUCAAUCUAUUUGCAAUCAUUUUUUUCUUAAAACAGCUGUACUAAACAAAAGGAGAAUUACUAACUCGAUAACUGUACUGACAGAUAAUCGUAGGAUUCGGCCCAGUUCUUCAUCCUGAACCUUCUCUUUGCUUGACAUAAAACACAGGUGCCUGUUCAUGCUUCUCUGCUCCUCUGUCAGUUAGGACAGCAACAUAUUGCAAAACAGUUUGCAAAACUCAGCAAACAGAAACAACACACUGAGCUUCUGAAGUGAAACAAUAGACAAUCCCCUGAAACGACCCCCUACCCCCUAGAAAAACAUGAACGACCCUCAGAUGCUGCUGCUUUUAGGACAAAUAACCAACGCAUUAUAAGCAUGUGCAACAUGGGCCAGAUUUUAGACAUAAUGCUUGAAAACAGACGCACUUUUUGGAAAUACGUGUUCUAAUAUACUAACGCUGGUAGCAUCAGCUCUGAGGUUAUCUCUAAAUCCCAUUUUAUGCCAUGCUAAUUUCACUGUGCUAACCCUGGCUAAGGCUAAGCACUAGUUUGGUGACCCUGGAUACUGUAUGCCUGGAUCAGACUUUACAUAUUAUCUUUGCUUUGUAUGUACCUCUUCACGGAAAUGGCUUUUUCCUCCAAAACACUGAAAAAUGUUCAUCCAAUUAGUGUUUAACUCUUCGCAAUAAAUGAUUCUCUGCUGCGCUGCAGUGGAAACGAUGUACCUGCUUGCCCUGCACAUGCAUACAGCAAACCAUAAAUUAUAGUUUAAAUGACAAUGGGAGCAGGUCUCAGAUAGCAGGCUGAGUAGGGGGGCUGUAGUUCAAGUGUAUAUGCUGCUCCAGCAGGGAAUAAGAGAAGCGAUGCUCUCGUUGUAGCCCUCUGAUUGUGCCAAACAGGGAUGAUUCCUACUGAGUGUCACAACAGGAGAUGAAUGUAUUCGCAUCAAACUCAGCGAAACAGUAAAAUGCAGUGUUAAGCAUUUACAUUAUACAUCUGUUGCACAUUCAAGACACUGAAUGUCUGGCUUUAAAUAGAAAUACCUCUGCAGGGUGAGACAGAUGUGUGUGAUUAAACACUGUGUUGCCAUCGACAGGUGUUGAAUACGAAAGUACUGUCCAGUGAAGUGUGAAUUUCUGGAACUCACUGUUAUGUUAAUAAUAAUAAUAAUGUGCCUCUCGUCUUUAAACACUGGCCCGAAGCAAUAUAUUAUAAAGACUGUGUGUUGUUGAAUUAGAUGUAUAUUUUGUGUAUUUAAAAUACAAACCAGUGUUGGUUUGUCAUGCUUUUCAUCCAGGUAAGACAAGAGGAAACCAAACAGCACACAUGAGGAAAUAGUGAGAUCCUGUGAAAUUCUACCAUUAGAUACUGAAAGCAACAUGGAGCCUGUUGAACAUUAGCUGGAAACAGAUCAGUGUUAAAGAAAUACUUUGGAAAAUAAGCCUAUUUGCUGUCUUGCUGUGAGUUAGAUGAGAAGACUGAUGCUACUCUCAUACCGAUGUUAUGAAGAUAAAAGUGGUUAGCUUAGCUUAGUCUGGCUCUGUCCAAAGGUAGCAACGUCCACCUGUUAGCUCCUUUAAGGAGUAAUGAAUAAUAUAAUAUGCUAUGAUAUAGCUGUAAUUUCUAUGUCUCGUUUGUUUAAUCCAUACUCCAGUUAACUGCCCUUUUAGCUUCUUUUCCACUAUGUCACUUUAAUAGGACUUGUUGCUCAUUUAUUCCCACUUUAAACCGAAUAACAAAACAUUUUCAAGUCUAAUUUGGAGUCAUAGGAUGUACCCAUGCCCCGCUUUACAUGUUUUCUUACAUGUUUUCCAAAGAAACUGAGACACCUCUUCCUUUUCUCUCACCUGCUUAUUAUCUGAUUAAUGUCAAUAAAUCAAAAAAUAGUGACUCAGAAUAUUAUUAGACAUCAAUUUAUAGGAAAAAAGAAAUGAUAUACAUCACCCCAGUAAAGUAGCAAACUGAAAAAAAAUGCAGGGUAAAGAAAAACAUACAAAAGCUAAAGCAUCAAAGUGUCAGCCUGUGGUUUUAUGGGAGGUUAUGUGCUGGACUGUUUUUGGGAAGCAGCAACUUUUUGGCGUCUCCUUCGGUUGCCUGGCAACUGUAUAGCGAUACCACCACUGCAGGAAUUAAACAAACAUCAUGUAAAGUUUUGAUUGGUGGCAUGCGUUGGUAGGCUGAUCUCUUUAACCUUUGAAGAGAGCAAGUCUGGCUGCCCAACCAUCUUCUGGCUCAAGCUGUAUAUUUGAGAGACCAGAUUGAGAGUUUGCAUCAACCUUCUCAUCGAACUCUCAGUAAAAGAGCAAACAAACUGAUUUCCUAUUUUCUGGGAUUUUUGAGAAAGAAAUUGCAGGUUCUAAAAGUAAAAAAAAUAUUAUGGGCAAAAUGUUUUUGUCAUAUGUGUCUUUGCCAUAUUCAUGUUUAGCUUUAAAGAGAAAAUCCAACUUUGAGUGAGAGAAUGGAUUCUGCUAUUUGGGCUGCUGUUGUGACUUCAGAAACAUGAACAUAAAAUUAAACAAAAUUGUUUAACUGCAAUAAUUCAAUUUAACUCUAAGAGUGGGUUUUCUCUGAGUGCACAAGACUAAAUCCUGUCAGUUGUUGUUGGUUGAAAAAGUCUGAACGAGCGUCUCACUGAAGCUUUAGGUGGAUGCUGAGACUGUGUCAGUGAAGGCCUUAUGAUGACAAGCAACUCUAUGCAAAUCGCAGCAGUAUUUUAUCCUCUGACAGAUUGUCACUUUGCACCUGUGAGUUACUGUGACAGUUCUGUAAGCAAUACAACAGCAGGAGACGUCCUGGAUCAGGGAGUUGUGAUGAUGGGAUGCAGGGUGAAUGGGGAACAUCCAGAGAGGAGCACUGAGUUGACUGGAGCCCCUGUACUCAAUCCGACCCUGCAGAGCCUGUAGACUCACCAAGUCAUCCUCCACCACUGCUCUCUGCACACAAAUAGACAGCUGCAAUGCUCUGGCUCGCUCUCAUAUGAUGUCCCCAUUUUCAACCUCUCAUUCAUGCAUAUCAACUCUUGAUCUCUUUAUUAUAGAAACAUGGAAUCUAAUAAAGUUUGGAAUAAAAUCUA